UUUAAAAGUAAUGAAGGCUCUGUUGAAUGAGAAAGGGAAACCAUAUGUAGAAGUGCUGGAGCAUGAUGGGUAUUAUUUUCCAGACCAAUUAGGAGCUCAAAAGAAUGUAAAUGUCCCAGAGUUCCUGGCUGGCCUUAAUGAACUCAAUUUUAGAGAUGACGAAAUAUGCGUAGUUUCGUAUCCAAAGUCAGGGACACAUUGGACUUUUGAGAUCUGUAACAUGCUGAAGAGUGGACGAUCAGAAUUCAUUGACACCUUGAUACCGAUCUUUGAUUACAGUCCAAAAGAAGUGCUGAAAUUUGUUCAGAGCAAAAUUGGUGUCUAUACAUCACAUUUCUAUCCACGCCAUAUGCCAAAACAAUUAAUGAAGACGCGAUGCAAAAUAAUCCAUGUAUAUCGGAAUCCAAAAGAUGUUGCUGUGUCAUACUUUAACUUCAUAAAAAAACUAAACAAUAUUGAUAUCCAGGACAUGAGCUUCUCUGAAUUCCUGAGACAUUUUGUCAGUGGAAACGUUCCUUGUGGGAGCUUGGUUAAAUGGAUUGAAGAAUGGACGACAUUUAAGAAAGAAAAUCCAAACUAUCCACUUCUAGAGAUAUCAUAUGAAGAAAUGAAAAACAAUCUGAAAGAAAGUGUUGAAAGAAUUUCAAAUUUUCUUGGUCUCGAUUCUUCACCAGAGUUAAUUGAGGAUAUAGCAAGGAAAUGUGAUUUUGAUGUCAUGUCUGCACAUAAAAAUUCGCAUGUUCCAGAAAGAAUGAAAACUAUAUCAUCUCUUGAAAAUACGCAUAUUUUCUACAGAAAAGGUGGGGUUGGAGAUUGGAAGAACCAUUUCACGGUGGCUGAAAACGAGGCUUUUGAUAAGUCGAUGGAAACCAUAUUACCUAUACUAGGACUGAAAAUAACUCAUGAGCUGUAAAUAGAUUUAGAAGUUGAUGAACCUUACAAAAGUGUACAGAAAAUAAUGUAAAUAGCAGCAUUUCGAUGUGAAAAAUGUAAACCUAUAGGGUUUAGAACGGAUAUUUUAUUUGAACAUUUUAAACUUGGACUUUAUUCAUAUCAGAAUCAUUUUAGUUAUUAAUGGUGAACUUAGUAGUGACAGUAAAAUAAGAUAAAAGGUUAUUAAACAAGCAUGUACAUUAUUAGUGUACCACAUACGGUGACUUUAUAAAUGGAAAAGGGACUUUAUGUUCACGAACUAUAAUUAUCUUGUUAGAAAAAAUUGGAUUUUGUUGUUGGUACAAUGAACUAUAAUUUUGUAAAUCAUUUUGUAAUGGAAUUGAUCAGAAUAGACCAAUCAAGCCCAUCGAUACUAAGUAAUAAAAUUUGAACGGAAAUGUAAAGUUACUAUUAAGAUUCUUGAUUAAGAGUAAUAAAAUUGGGAACUUUGAAGCAGAUAAGUAAAAGAGCCUAGGACUAGAACUGUGGUGCAGAGAUGGAGACUGAGUCCAUAAAUAUUAUUAAUGAAAGUAUACCUGGAUUGGAGGGUGGUGCCAUGUUGGGGUUCAUAGGUCAACGGACAGACCUACGGACUAAGCGUAGGUGGUAGGGUAAUAUUAAGUCAGGCAAUGAAAAGUACUUUUAUAUCCGGGACCAUGAAUACCCUUUGAGCACAAAAUACCCUGUUUUGUCGGAAAAAGGCACUUUUUCGGUUCUCUUUUCUUUGACUCUUUUGAAAUACUUUUUGGACUCUAAUUUUUUGGACCUCGCCUUAAUUAUUACUUUUGGAGUUUUAGUUCUACGCUCUUCUGAAAUAUUUGGGACGGAUCUUUAAAACUUUUGCUAUAACCAGUGUAUUAGCCUAUUCUGAUGAGAUUUCAGAAACUAGCAUAAUAAAAUCUAUACGAUCACGGUAGUUUAAUAAACUUUUCAAAAAACUUAAAAA